AUGGGGACCUUGACCCGGGCAGCCGCGGGGAGAGCGCGGCGGGCGCUCAGCUCGUGGGGGCGGCGCUGCGUCGCGCGCGGAGACCCGGCCGGUGCCACGGCCGUAGGGGGCCGGCGGCGGGGGCGGGGGUGCCGCCGUGUCCCCGGGGGCCGGUGGAGGUGGAGGGGCACCCCGACGUCACGGUCACGGCUACGACGCCCGUCCCCCACGGCUUCCCCGCCUGCUCGCCCCGAACUCCGGAGCAGACGUCGUGGCUUCCUUUCGCGUCCCCGCGGGACCCCCGCGGCGCCGGAGGCGGCAGCAUCCGGGCCUUCCCGGGGCCGGCGCGCCGAGCCCGGCCCCAGCGCCCGCGCGGUUGACCGUGAACGCCCCCGGAGUCGGGGCGCGGCCCCCGGGCGGCCGAGAGCUCCGCCUCGUCUCAGGGGCCCGCUGCGCUUCCCGUCUCCUCCUCCUUUCGCCGCCGGCACCCCUGCGUCCCGGUGCUCCGGGCACAGAGUCGCAGGAGCUGAGAGCUGCGGCCUAGGGUGGCGUCAGACUCCUCCUAGUCCUCGGCCGGCCGGCCCGCCCGGGAACCCUCCACCCCCCGGCGUGCUGGACAGGACGUUUCCCCCCAGGAGAGAAUGCAGAUAAGGAACUGGAGAGGUCUGAGAUGUUAAGUAGUAACCUGUCCACUGUACCCAGGAUCCAAAUUGUUAUCCACUUGUUGUGAUGCUGCUCCACAGGGUCAGCCACAUAAAUCCUCUACAAAGAGUUACCAGACUGUGAGUGUUUCAACAGCGACUAUAGUGGAAAAUUGCUCACUG